GUCACCUCAUACGAUUUGCGUGCAGUCUGCGCGGGACGCCGGCGUCGCGACGCGCCGCCCGUCAAACGGCUCCGCCGCUGACAGGGAGCUGCUCCGGCUCAGGCGUGGCAGCUUCGUUCGGAAACGUGUGCCGCGCCCGUUGGGUGGAGACGCGUGGCACUCGACCCAGAUUGCCACGAUCGCGAGGGUUGAGCACGACGGACAACCUGGGCUGCUGUAGGACCGCCUACUUCUGGGCUCAGGCCAGUCGUCCGGGGCUCGUCUGCCGAGCCGUGGCGUGAUGACGAGCGUCAAGACGUGUUCGGGAAGCUCGUUGAAGCCGGGUCGCCGCAGGAACAGCCCUACAUCUUUGCGGCACGAUGAAGCAACUUGUACUUGCGUGCUGUCUCCACGCUCUCAGCGACCUUCUGAGGCUCGCGUGCUGUCCUCCAUCGCCCCUGCCCACCCUCGUUGGCUCAACAAAGUCCAUGCCCACCGCCCGGCCGCUCUCAUCUCCUGCAAGCGUCGCCUGCGCCCCUCGCAUCCGUCUGCCGCUCGUGCGGAAGCGUGUCAUCCACUUCACUAUCCCCCUCUCCACCCUCCGACUGACGCCGAGACCAAUGCCAGGCCAGAGAAGGGCAGCGGCGUCGAGCAGGGGUAACUAGGGCAGCGUAUCGGCUAGAACGAGAUGAGGACGGGAGCGUAGCCUCACUUGGCGGCGAGGAUCUGCUUGACCUCGGCCUUGAUGGCCUCGGCG